AUCAAAAUAAAUUUCAAUGCUGGAUCCGGACAUAUCACACAGAAGCAAAACAAUCAUCGUUGGAACGCGGUGUGUCCGAGUGCGGAGCAUCAAGGGAAAAUUUCCACGUGUGCUGUGUAUCUUUGAAUCAAUUGUGACUGGGCAGUAGUGAACGACACCCUACAUUGAUGAGAAUGAUGCGUUAGUCGAAGCGAGACGAAGUGGGAUUCAGAGCUCUGCCACUAUCGCGUUCGUGGAAAUUGGUGGUGAUUGUUUCCUCGACUUAUUCUAAUAUGUUGCAAAAAUCAAUGUUGUGAGGAUAACAUGUAGUCAGUUGGAUUAUCCCGAGUGAUGGUACUCAAUGGAACCUACUUGGGACGUUAUCUCACCGGACAGACAGAGUACGAGUUUCACCUGUCCCUUUGCUUCGCUAGCAGACGAUAUACGAAACAGUUGGCGGCGAUAUGUAUUUUCCGAAGGAAUCGCUAGUCAGUUCUUUAUAUUUUUUUAAUGAUUUUCUGUCGAUGUAAGGUUUUCUUUCACGGGACCUCAGACCUCGUAUGUUUAUGAGACUACAACCUACGGUAACUGAUUGAUGCCAAUGCUACCCGAGCUGAACAGGACAAUUACACUGAAGACCGGGAACCUAAGACAAUGGCUAUGUUUGCGAUGUUCCAAAGGUCUCGGUUAGGAAAGUUUAUUAUAUUUCUUGUAUUCCUCGUGAUAGUGCUGCAGGUGUUUCACAUGUCGUUAUUGACACGACUCGAGGCAAAAGAGGCUUUGAACCGACACAAAGGACCUGUUGAUCGGCAAUUAAACGUAAAGACUCUACCAGAAAUUUCCGACGACAUGGAAGAAAAGGUUCGCAACUCUCACAGACUGGACUACAGUGGUACGUAUCACCUCAUAGCGAACCUCCUCACCGCAGAGGGCCAUGGAUCCGGCCAAAAUACAGACGAUCUGGCAAUUGCCACACAGUGUUCAUCAAACCAUUUACAUCAUUUAUCUCAUCUUUCACAAGUGUGGGAUGGUCCGAUUUCGGUGACCGUGUUCACCUUCGACAAUGAUAUUGAAACAGCACUUAACCAUAUUGUGAAACUUUAUUCAUGCAGAGAACAAAUUCGUAAAAAAACUUCUUUUCACUUGGUGUAUCCACUCGAACGUGCCCCUCGGUCUUUGAGCGUGAGCUGGAAAUCUGUGAAUUCGUGCGAGGAAGGCAUGCCAGUAUCUGGAGAGAAGGCCCCAAACUAUGCAAUAGAGGGCAUAGAAUACCCACAGAACCUACUCAGGAACCUCGCAAUAAAAAACUCUGAAACAUCCAUGGUGUUUAUGGUCGACAUUGAUAUGAUUCCAUCGGAAAAUCUUCAUGGGGACUUCCUCUAUCUAUGGCGCACAGCUCUAAAAGCGCGGGCAAAUGAAACGAAGGGAACAGCUUUUGUGGUGCCAGUAUUUGAAGUGAAGGAGGGUGUCAAAGUUCCUGAUACUAAGCCUGAAUUAGUGGGUGCACUGGAACGGGCCGAGGUGAGACCCUUCUACAUUGACCCUUGUAGUCCGUGUCAGGCUUUCAGUAAGUAUCCCAAAUGGUUGUCUUUGACACCAUCAAAAGAGCUGCAGGUGGCUUAUCAUGUAAACUGGAAAUAUUCUUGGGAACCUUUCUACAUCGCAGCUAAAGGCAUGCCGCUGUACGACGAGCGCUUCAAACAGUAUGGCUUUAAUCGGAUAAGUCAGGUGUGCGAGUUACACGUGUCCGGCUACCAGUUCGUCGUGCUCAACAAUGCAUUCCUGGCCCACAGUGGCUUCAAGAGGAGAGAGGAGUUCCACGCCUCGAAGAACAAGGAACUGACCAAGAACAAAAUUCUGUUUGGGAAGUUUAAGGAUGAACUGAAGGUUAAGUACCCGAACUCCACCAGGACAUGUUUAUGAUGUGGCGGUUGUACAUGUACCUUUGCUUGUGCAGGGUGUCUGCAAGCCGUUCAUGUUCCACAACUAUCAGAUAUGUGUGGGUGCUACAUCGUCUCCAGAUUGCGUUUCCUGGUUACGUCCAGCAAGGUUACAGAGGGGUUAUAUGACGAUAUCAGUGCUA